AUGGUAGGUGGCAAGUUUGGAUACACAUGGGAGUGGAAGAAGGAUGGAGCUCACGAUCACUACACCAGUCUCUCGGGAACAGUGAGCAAUCAGCACAAGGAGGGUUACGGCGAGGACAAUGCAGCCAUCUGGUGGCUGGACGAGGACCCAGGGACAAAGCAGGACAUCCCCAGGUUAUUCCGCACGGCCAUACUGCUUAGGUCGCCAAACUCCAGGCCAUUGCGCGUCUUGCUGAGCGUCAAGGCGGGGGGUCAACAUGGUCACUGGCAUGAUGACCUUGUGGGAACCGGCCAAAGUGAGGCGAUUGACCCUGUCACAAUUGACCCUGGGCUCAGAUUGAACAGCGAGCAUGACAGGACUAGUCUGACGGAAAUGGGAAAGAGGGACUUGGCUAAUUUUGUUCAUGUCGCUUUGGUUACCUGGACGGACAGCGAAUGA